AUGGACAGGAUAUAUGCUGAGAUGACUGAGGAGAAAGACUUUACAGAUGGCACAAAGAAAAGAAGAAUUUCAUCAAUUCUAAAAACUCCCCGAGAACCUGCCCGAGAACCUCUUUGUGACUUAGGCACAGGGAAUGAAUUUACUCAGGAAAUCAAUGCUGAGAAAUGUCAGAAAAACUCCAGGCGGGUGAGUUUUGCAGAGACAAUAAGGGUCUUUCCACAUGAUCCUCAAACUUUUGUUGAAUUAAAUCAUGCAGUUGUAGAACCUUCAAAUGAAACGAGAAAUCAAAAUCUGCUAAAUGAAAAUGAAGAACCAGAAGGUACCAAGUGUGAGAUAACUGGGAUGAACACUUUACUUCAUGCUCCUAUCCACACUUUGCAACAUAUGGAGUGUCUUGAUGCCAACCCUAGCCAAGAGUUGAACAUGGUGGAUAGAACACUGAUUUUUUCAGAACAAAAUGAAAUGGAUAUGACUUCUGGUCACACAAUCUUGAUUACCCAUGACACUAAAGUUUGUCAAGACACUGACAAACCCAAGAAAAUAAAUUUUGAAUCAUUUUUGUCUGAGAUAAAACCUAGAAAAAAAACUUCACAAGUUACUGAAACCUGCUUCUCAUAUAGUUCUGUACAAAUGAAUGAGGGCAAUUUAUCUCAACAGAAGACAAAUACUGAAAAGACACAGAAAAUUAAUUUAGGAGACUUUUUGGGAAGUUUAAAGUCCACUAAAUUGUUUUCAGCACCCUGUAAUGAGAUCCCUUCAAGUGGAGCAGCUUUAGAAAGAAGCACUUAUUCUUCCAAACAAAAUGCAAGUUCUCAUUUGCAAAUGGAAAAUUGCAACAUGACUACUGUCUUUGGAGGACUUGAUAAUAGGCAACAUGGUGAAACCUCUGCUCUAUCAAUUGAAAAAGGCAUUUCUGCUUCAAAACAAUUAGGAUGUGCUGAAAGUAUGGAUGUAAUUACUACCAAUACAGAAAGACUUUUGCCAUCUGGAACUAGCUCAAGUAGCAUGAUACAUCAACAACAGAAUCUUGGAAAGGAUAAAUCAGUUACUCAUAGCACAGUUAGCUGUACUCUAAGGACUUCAAAUUCUCAGCUUGGUAUUCAGCAAAACACAAAUAUGUCUCACAGUGAAAUAAAUGUAAAUAACAAGGAAGCAAAUAUUAACCAUAAUUCUGCUGUCAAGAUAACUAACAGGGACACUUUACCCUCACAAACCAGUUUUGGGACUAUUACAGAACCUUCUGUCACUUCUGUGCCUGUUCUCCAUGGUGAUAAAACUAAUUUCUCUGAAGAUAUGGAAAUGACCAAGAAUUGUACAGGUUUAAUCUGGGAAGUUCAUUCUAAAGGAACAGAUGGCCCUGUUCAUGGCUUAGUUCAAAAACAGAAAACUGAUGUUUUUGAGCUAAUGGACAGAACUAAUAUUAGAGAGAUUGAGAUGGACAUUACAAAAAACCAUGUUUCCAUGAAUUCUUACCUAAACAGCAUGCAUCAUUCUAACUUAGUCAGUAAAAUGACUGCUGCAGAUCAGCAAAAUUAUUACGGUAACGUGGAGCUUUUAAAUCAAAGAGUAAAUCUUAACUCUGCAAGAAAUAUAAACUUAAAUACAAGUCAAGUUUCCAAGAGUUUUAAAAAGCAGGUAGAGACUCCAUUAAUGCCAUAUACUACUAGUGGUAUCACUAAAUGGACUAACUCAGCAAUAGGAGAUAGUACAAUUAAUAAAUCAAUUGGGCUUUCAAACAAUGCAGUAUCUUUAAUACCUGAACAUGAAAAUACCUUCGCUUCCAGUGAGAAUAUGGAAAUAAGUAAAGCAAUAGGAUCCUUAAGACAUAAUUCUCUGAAGCCUGUUGCAUUCCGCGAUAUACCACAGCCGUUGACAGGUGCUAGUAGGAAAAGCAUAACUGAUUCAGAUUCUGAUAAGUUUAUGGCAUUGCCGUUGAGCGAAGACAAUGAAAUGGAGAUUACCAAGAGCUGUACGGUGCCAGUAAAUUACAACAUGCUGCGGCAAGAGAGAACCACUCAAGUGUUUCCCUUCGAAUCUGUAGACAAAACUACUAAUAUAUAUAAUGAUAUGGAUGAAACUAAACCUAUAACAUGUAUAAUAAAUCAGCAUGUAGAAAAUUCUGGUUCCCAGAUUAUGCAAAAGCCUGGUAGAAGUAGGCCAACCAAAGAUAGGACUAUUGUGUUUUCCCUCAAUGACGGGAAUGAAAUGGACAUUACCAGAAGCUACACAGUAGCAUUAAAUCAUGAUCCUGUCACUUUUGCAGAAGAUAGGCCUGUUCUUUCAAUUGUAUCUUCAAAUGAAGCUAUCCUAUCUACAUUAAAUGAUGGUGCGGAAAUAACUCAUCCUCUUGCAAGUGAAACUCUUAGAAGUAUAUCUGACUUCUUUAACAUGCCAAAGCAGGGUGCAGGAACUGGAAGGAAAACAAUUGAGUCAGAUAGUGAUAGGUCUGUUGCAUUUCCUUUGAGUGCAAACAGUAAAUUAGAAUUUAGGAAGAACCUUACAGAGGCAGUAGAAAGAACUCAAGAACAAACUUCAUCUUCUGAAGAGAAUAUCAACAUUAAUAUAUCAAAUAAUAUGGCAGUAAAUAAAAGCAUGUCUUUUGCUCCUUCAGAUAAAACUGUAAUGUUUGUACAUAAUAAUGACAUGGAACUCACUAAACCAAUUAGUAUGACAUCUAUCAAAGAUACUGUCUUUGAGAAUUUACAGUCAAAGAACAAAGAAAAUAGCAUUCUAGUAAAAUCAGCCAAGAAAGGAACUGAUCUGUGUUUUCUGGAUGAAAAUGAGAUGGAAAUGACAAGAAGUCAUACAGUAGCAGUCAACUAUGAUCUCCAACAUGCUAAGGCGGCCCCUCAGAAAUUGUUCGUAGAUCCUGCAAAUGAAACCAGUUUGUCUGUACAUAAUAACUUUGAAACAAUAAGUAAAUCUUCAAGUUUUGUUCCUGCAGAAAACACCAUGAUUAUGAGCAGUCAUGAUAUGGAAAUGACAAAAUAUUUACCAGCUGAAAUUUUCAAAAAUAGUCUAAAACCUUUGCGACAGAAAAGAAAUUUAAAUUGUGAGUCUACUUUAGUAGACCCAGAUAAUAAUAGUGUUUUUGCCCAACAACAUAAUGAAAUGGAGAUUACAAAAUGCCACACGGUGUUAGUUAACCAUGAUGAUGUUUUCCAUAACAAAAAGAUUCUACAAACAUCUAUUCAGAAUAAUAUGGAUACUGCAGGAUUUCCUAAAAUUGCCAAAAAUCCUGAAGAAAUUUUUCAUAAGAAACCAGAAAAGAAUGCUGAAUGGGAGUUCUCUUCAAAUCAAACAGCUAAUGAGCCAGUAAAUACUAAUAUGCACACAGUAAUGUUUGAUAACAAAACAAUUGAAUAUUGCCAGGUUGCUAACCAAACUAAACAACUUUUUCCUUUCAAUAAAACUAAUGCAUUCACAUCUUAUCAGGAUGGCACAGAAGCUACUAGUUUGCACUCUGAUACUAUAAGUUGUGGGAAUCUGCAGGAAUUUAAGAAAGAGAUGCUAGAAAAAAAUAUGGAACAGAAUCACGAGGAAAAUGAUCUGGAAUUUAUAAAAAAAGACACAGUUACCAACAAGGAACAUAACUGCUAUGUGGUGUCUGCUGAAAAACAGAUACCAAACACUUCCAGAAUGUCAAAAGAAAAAACUGUUGCUUUUUCAGAUGAUGGGAACAUGGAGAUAACUAGCAACUACACAACAGGAAUUGAAAAGAAGUUUAUGAGUGAUAGAAAUGAAUGUGAGUUACAUUCCCUUGCUAUAUCUAAUGCAGAAUGCUCUGCUUCAAUAGUUGAUUGUGAAAAGAAAUUAAAUAUUGACAAAAUUACAUCUGAAAAGUCCAUUGUCCAAGCACAGCAGAACAUUUUGAAUACUAAAGAGAGACUAGAGCCUUGCACAGCUAAAAUUAAUCAUAUGAAAGAAACUGUCUCAAUUGUAGAUUCAAAUAAAGAGAACGAAUUGAUAUUUCCUAUCAGAAAGUCCUCUCUACUGCCAACCUUACCUGAUGAAAUUGCCCUUGGUUUAAACAGAGAGAAAAACCUAUUAAAUGAAAGCAAAAUGGAAAAAGACUUUAAAAAAUUAUCUCAGUCAAGACAAUUAGAUGAUAUUACUAUAAAAGAAAUGGAUGUACUUCCAGUGGAUGAGCCAGUCAUUUUAAAUAAAGAAUCUAGUGUUAUCAGCAACUGUCCAAAGUUACAAGAUGCUGAGAAGAAACCAGAACUUGUUCUGUUCUCUUGUGAUGCCCAGUCCAGUCUUAGUGAAGAAUUGCCCAAGCUGAUAAUGAAGCCAGAUUGUUCCUUGAAGUUGAAAGAAGACAGGAGAAUUGAAUCCAAUGCAAUGGCUUCUAAAGCAGGAAUAAAUACAAGUUCUACUGAUGGCAUUCCUCUUAAUGUACAUUUAAAUACAGAUAACAAUAAAAUAAGAAUAAUGCCCUUGGCUGUCUUCCCACCUAAAUUACCAAAUAAAAGAAAAUCUGCACUUUCCAACAAAGAAGCUCCUGCUGCCAAAUUGGAUAAAAACUCAGAAAUUCAAGAUUCUGAAGUCGCUUUACUUACAAAGAGUUCCUCAGAUAAAAUAAACCAGAAAUUGUGUCCUUUUUACAUAGAUGAAGAACUGCUUCCUUCAUAUGCAGAGGAAAUGGAUUCUAAUGAAUCUUUAUGUCAUGAAGUGCCAGAAAAAUGUCUUGACAAGAUACAUGAAAAAAUGAUUGUUAAUAAAAUGGUUGAAACAAAUCAAAAAUUAAAGAGACCUAUAAAUCAAGAAAAUGAGGACAUUCAAGAAGAAAAAAAGUUCAAGAAAGAUAUGGACUGGAAUGAUAUUGCAGAAAAAAAGCAGAUCCUUCAUAGCACAGAGGUACCUCAUAACGACACAGAAACUGAAGAAAAUAAACAUAUUCCAGAAGUGGUGGCCACAAAACAGAAAAAGAAACAAAGCAGCAAUAACCUUUUUGAUUCAUUUAAGGUUGAAACAAGUUGCAAUAUUCAUCAAAACAUUGAACUGGAGACUCAGCUUCUCAUGGAUAGUAUUUGUGAACAAAAUUUGCAAGAGAAAUUGCUGGAAGGUACUAUCACAGUUCGUGAAUUUUUCACACUUCUCCAAGUCCAUGUUUUAAUACAAAUGCCUCGUCAGAGUCACCUUCCGGUCAAGCACACAGUCAAUACAUCAUAUGUCCCAGAAGAUGAAAUUCUCAGCUACUGCAUCUAUCAACCCAAAUUGCAGGUUUAUAAGGAAGACUGUCAAACUCUUCACACAAUAAUAGAAGAAUUAAAACUUCAUGCAGCUGAUCAAGAUAAACUUCUGAUGAAUAUGAAUAAAAGUUUUUGGGAAGUAAUGAAAACUUGCUCAAAGGAAGAGCUGAGAGGUUUUGGUGCUGAGCUGAACAAAAUGAAAUCCCGUUUCACCAAGCAAAGUAAAGUUCUUGCUCACAAAGGAAAAGCAAAAUUAUAUGUGAAGUUGGUGCACCAUGCAAAGAUGGAAUGUGAAAAACUACAAUCAAGAUUAGCUAAAAUGGAUGAACUUAUGAAAGAAAUUGAUAGCUGUCUUUUUGUUCUGGAGAAAGAAACUGCUACUUUGAAUGAUUUUGAGAUGGUUGCCAAUGAUGCCACGGCGGAACUUGAAACCAGAGUAAAACAUAUAGAGAGAGAACUAGAAAAUUACAAAUCCCAAGAAGAUAAUCUUCAAAGAGAACAAUCACAUCUUAGUGAUAAAAAACAACAGAGAAUAUCUGAAAUCAACCAGCUUCAAAGAGACGUAAGAAGUUGCCAAGAACUUACAGAGAAAUAUAAUUUCUCUGAGUGGGUAAUAAAGGAAUGGAAUGAUCAACAGGCAGUAUUUACUUUCCUUUAUGAUUCUAUUGAGCUCACUGUGGGAUUUAAAAGGCCCUUAGAUGAUGCUACUUUCCAAAACAAGUUCUACUGGGAGAUUGUUAGUCUGAAUUUUGAAACAUUAUUGGAUGAAACAAAAGCUGAGCCUACGGCAAAACUAGUGCAUAAACUUAUCUUUCAGUUUAUUGACAGUCAAAAUUCAUGGCAAAAGAAAUGCUCAACAGUGUAUCAACUUUCUCAGAUACUGCAUGAUCUGUCUCUCGUGGUGAACCGUUGUAAACUUCUGGAAGAAGAGAUAGAAUUUCUGAACAAAUGGGGUGGAAAAUUUUACUUGCUGAAAACUGAAGUGAAAGACACAAAUGUCAGCCUUUUGUUCUCCAGUUCUACACCUCUUGCAAAGUUUGAAGUUGAACUCUCUUUAUCUGCCAAUUAUCCAACAUCUCCAAUAGAUUUCACUAUCCCAAAAUGCAUAGGAAAUCUUGGGUGA